AUGACGAAGUCACGUCCUUUGUUGUUGCUUUUUUCCAGGUUUUUUUUUGUGAAAAAUGAAAAAUUGGGUUCUAACUUCUAACAGAUUGCUGGCGAUUGCGAUUUUCUGCGCUUCUUCAGACGCACAAGGCGGAUUUUCCAACGAAAUUGAGGACAUAACCAAUCACGAUCAUGAAAAGUAAGUCUUGUUACACAGCACUGAUCGAAAUUUUUAAAGAUCAUUGUGCCAUGAAAAAAUACCUCUAAAUCGUCGACUUCUUAAGGUUUCCGACGCCGAUGCCAGUCGAUGUUCAAACUGGGGCGAGCGUGCAGAAAGUCUCUGAGAAGGUAAAAAGGAGAGUUAAACGAUUGAGACUUUGAAAGUAGGCUAAGCAGUCGGUGCUGAACUACAUAUCGCGGAAGAACGUUGACGAGAAAUCCCAAAACUACCAGAUUUUCAACGAACAGGUUUCUCCUGGAAUGAAUACCGUAUUUAAGGGAUUUAGGAGUUGGUAGGCCGUGGAGUUAGGGCAUCCUACGCCAAACGGAGGAGCUCCAAUGUGAACGGUCUGUCGAGAGACGACGAGUCCUCCGCCGAAAGACAAGUUGUGGCCGGAAUUCCUGACCUCAGUCGGUUCAAACAUUUUAGCUGUCCUAUAUCUGUUUCGAAGCGAGGCUUACAAAAAUUGAUAACUUUGAUUUGUCCAUGUUCUGAAAGACUCCACAACACAAUAACUGGUUUAUUUAUUUUCAAAAUUGUCUUUGGUUUCAAGAACCUUCUUCAAUUUCACUUUGUCUCAAUGAGGUAUUUUGAAUUUGACUUCGAUUAUAACUUCAAAAAGGCUCCAGCUAAUUUUUUCUUGAAAAUCCCUCAUAGAAACAUAAUUUAUGUUUACAACUUAUCUUUUCAAAAAAAAAAAAAAGAACUAGAAGGAUAUAUCGAAUGACAAUUUUUCCACGCCUUGGCCCUAUACUACCUAGUAAACUUUUGAUAGGAAAAAAAAAAUCAAAUAUUUAAAUUGCUGCGAGAAAACCAACUGCGACUUUUUAAGCAAAAACUUGCAGGCGACGAGUGUUUCCGUCGGUACGCCAACUGCAUAAUUGUGAACGCGCAGCCGUACGAAAGACGCUCUUCGACAGGCCUUGUCCACUGCAAACAGCACUGCAUGCUCAGUCAGUCCGGAGCUUACACCUGCCGCUCUUUCAUCUACGACAACAUCAACCGCGUUUGUUGUUUCUUUGCGAAGAAACCUCAGUGCGGCCUUAGGUCUGCGACCUUUUCGCGCACGUUGGAGAUCUGGCACCAGCCCGUCUUAUGAAAUUUCAAACGCGAGAUUAUUUCGAGCCAACCAACUCUUUGCGCUGUAUUUCUCUGGCCGCGGACAGUUCUGAUUCCCACUCUCACAAUGAAGAAGACCUCAACACUCUUCCGAUACGCAAGUCUUUCUUCAAUAUUCCUAUUUACAGACUCCCGUAGUCGGAAAAUAUUUUUCAGGCUGAGAAAAAAAAAUUGUUUCAGCGAUUGCGAGGGCUUCGAGCACCGAGUUGCGGAAUAACGGCAUCGCUCUGCAGCCAGUAGCUCCUCCAGGGCCAGAACCCGAUCAAAAAGAGCUUCAACGGUGUCCUAGAGGCAAACUCUCGCGGUUCGAAACCUGGCUAACCCAUCCCAAAACUUUAUGCUUAGAUUCUUGCGUACAGAGGGAUUUGAACUUUUUGGACAUGACGAUGAGCAAAUGAAUGUGACGGACGUCGCACAGUGCGCGAGUGCCUGUCAAAAAAAUAAAGUGAGGCCGGAAAAGAGGAUUCGCAAAAAUGGCGAUUUUAGGUGAAUGGAAGAAGGCUCGAGUGUCGGUCAUUCGACUUCUCGGGAGCCACAUGCAGUUUUACUAAAGAAGCGGCUGUUCCGACGGGAAACGGACAGUUGAAACAUCGCGAGCAAGCCUUUUACUACGAGAAGAUCUGUGUCGACGAAAGAUUCGUCGAGUUUGUUUUUGUUUUCGAGUUUUGUACAAACAAUUGUUGCCUCAAACUAUGCGCAGGGAAAAAACUUAGGAAUAGUACUAAAACAUUCUACAGGAAACUAUUUAGAAAUUGCACUUCGUCGUUCUCGAGGCACCCUCAAAUGAUCCUCGUCGGAUUCGCAGAAGCCGUGACGGAUUCGCCGUCCUUCGAACAUUGUUUCGAUGCUUGUCUCAACAGUCAGCAGCUUUUUGGCUUCAACUGCACCAGUGGAAUGUAUUAUUUCGAGGUUCGGUUUUUCAGGUUAAUGCCCCAGAGAAAAAGAUUUGAAGGAAGGAAAACUUAACUGUAUCCUGAACUCUGAAAACCGACGAACUCAGAAAGAGCUGUUCACUGAGGAGAACACGGAUAUUGUUGACUAUUUCGAAAUAGAAUGUCAGAAGAUGCCGAGAGUCAACGGUGUAAAAAACUAUGGUAAGAAAAAAAGUCGCAGAACUUCUGACGGAGUUCUAUUCAAGAAUCGUCCGUAGUUGCCGCAGAGAAACUGAUCUUGGUGCCAGAGUGGAGUCCUUGCGUGGACGGGAUGCAGCAUCGGCACAAGAUGUGCGCCCAAGUUGGUCCUUUCUGAAUAAAAAAACUCUCGCAACUUUCAGCCAGAAGCCUGCGGCAUGGAAGCGAAGGUCUGCGGCGAAGAUGCACAGAACGAUUUGAACACGGAGGAAAACGAAAAAAGCCCGAUAGGCAAGUCCUAUCACUGAUAGUCUCUUCAAAAUGAGUACAGACGUUCCGAGUAAAGAUGAAAUCGCUGAGGUGAAGGCCAAAAUCCGACGCGACGGCUUCAAAUGUCCGAAUGACGAAUGUUGUCGCGUCUUCUUCAGCUGCGAUUACGGUCUCAGACACAACACAAGCUCGAAAAAGCUCGAAUGGUGCAAAAAACCUUGCAAAAAAAGCAGGAAGAAACUUUUUUGAAAUCAUUCCACAACUUAUAUGUACAGAAAUGUUCAAACUCCUCACGUUUAUCAUGGGUCUCCAAAGUAAUAAACUCUUUAUUUGAACUUUGAAAAACACUAUCUUUUUUUUUUUGAAGUAGUGCUGAAUGUAAAAAAAUUGAAAAAAUCAGGACAGAAGCAUACGUCGGCUGGAUCCCAGCCCGGGAAGAACGAAUUGCGGCUGACCCCCGAAAAGUGUGGCCUAUUUCAGUUCAUUUUCGACUAUUUUUUCGCGCGCAAAAUGCUGGGGUGA